AGUCAAUCGGUCCCAGGUUCAAAUCCGCGCAAAGUAAGAAUUUUUUUCUCGCGUUUUUAUCAAUAUUUUGGGACAAUUUAGGUAAUCCACGGUAAAAUUACAUGACCUAAAUGUAGUCAAUCACACAGUGAACAACUAGGAACGUCAACGAGAAUUUUAAACAACGUUCAUUUGCAAGACUAAUAAGGGAACCAUGUUAUACGGAAAAAUUGUUGUAAUCAAAAGAAAUGGAAGUGAUGGUGCUCAUUUUCCAUUGACUUCAAAGACAUGCCUCUUUGGAAGGAGUAAUGACUGUGAUAUUCGUAUCCAGUUACCCAAUGUAUCAAAAGAGCACUGUAGGAUCGAUGUUAAUGAGAAUGGUGAGAUAUUUUUGACCAAUAUGAGCAGUGUGAAUCCUACAAUGUUAAACAAAGGUGAUGUGAAGGAUAUGGUCCAAGUUCAACAUUCUGAUGUCUUCACAAUUAUUGAUCGAUCCUUUAGGUUCGAGUUUCCUCCAUCUUCCCCCUUCAGAACACCCAAGAAGACACCUGUGAAGGGUUCUCCUAAGAAGAGCAAGAGCCCAGGGACAGGGAAAGUUCUCACUCCAAAGAACAAGCCCCCUACACCAGCAUCCACUCCUAAAGCUUCUACUAGUGACACUCAAACUUCCUCAAAGGUACUCACUCCCAAGCUAAAGCCCCCAAUGCCUGUGGACAUUCAGUAUGCUCUGCUACAGGUCAAACCACCUGUCUCUACCACACCAAAUGCCAAGACACCUAGCUCAGAAAAAGCAAAGUCAUCCCCCAAAGCUACCACCCCUAAGGCUGCUACUCCUAAGCCUCCAACUCCAAAGGCUACCACCCCAAGGGCAAAAUCACCCAAGGCUGUCACCCCUAAACCUGCAACUCCAAAGGC